UUUCUCUCCAACUCACUCACGUUUUCUUUCUUGAUUGAUUCUUAUGAUACAAUGAACUAUAACUACACCUAUUUAUAGAUUUUUGGAGAUUGAUAAACUAGCUACCUAGUAUACACAUCUCCACUACGUGUCAUGAUUAGCUUAAUUAGAAAGGCCAUCACAUGUUAACCAUAAAUUCCACCGCCUAUUACAUAUUGGAUUUGUGGCUUCAUUUUGACCAUGAACAAAUAACUAUUCUUCCACUAUAUGACGUAGAGGACUUGUAAGCAUCUUUUUUAGCCAUGAGAAAUCACAAAAUUUUCACCACUAUUACGAGGUGGUGAUGCAGCAGCUUCGUCAUUUUUCUUAAUCUUGAAGCAAUUGAGUUUAAUAAACUCAACAGAAACGCCGCUGCAGCUGAAAGCAAAAGGAACUAUGAUCCAGACAUACGAGGCUGCAGAAGAGGUCAUGCAGACAAACUACUACGGUGUAAAGAGAGUGACAGAAGCCUUCAUUCCUCUCCUCCAACUAUCUGCUUCACCAACUAUCGUCAAUGUCUCCUCCAUGUUCGGCCAUCUUCGCCUCUUGCGAAACGAGCGCGCAAAAGCUGUGCUUAGCAAUGAGGUGGGCCUGACCGAAGAGAGCGUAGAUGCGGUGGUGCGAGAAUUCCUCAAAGACUUCAAAGAGGGGAGAUUGGAGGAGAGCAAGUGGCCGAGUCAUGGUGCGGCCUAUAAAGUGUCUAAAGCGGCUUUGAAUGGAUACACAAAAGUGUUGGCUAAGAAGCACGCUGAUUUCGUCAUCAACAGCCUCUGCCCUGGCUUUGCGAGAACGGAUAUUACUAGCAAUCUCGGCGCCAUCAGCGCCGAGGAGGCCGGUGGGAGGGUGGUUAAGGUGGCGCUGCUGCCUCGUGGAGGGCCGACGGGGGGAUACUUUAUUGACAAGGAUUUGUAUGGUAUUGGUACUUGCUGA